CGCUGCUCUCUCGCUCGCUCGUCGCUCGCUCGGCCGCUGAUUAAUCACAAAUUUCCGCCGAAAGAAUACGGGAAAUUGAUAGUUCCGGCGUGUAAAAAGUGUUCUGGUAAACUCCUGAAACUAGAGUAAAACCACACCAAGAUGGUUGACGGACUGUACCAGAGUCCUUAAUAGUGAUCAGUGCUUCAGCCUGCUGGGCUAAGAAAUCUGUAGUCAAUAUUUUGUGUAUCAAAUCGCUGAACUGAAGACAUUGCGGGCGAUAGUGAAGUAGGAUGAAACAAGAAAUCUCAACGCAAAAGUGAUUACUUGGUUUGCUCGAUCAGUAGUGAACUAGCAGAAGCAGAAGAUACGAGUUGAAGGACUCUGAUUUCUCUGAAUAAAAAAUCGAAGAAUCCGUUCGUCGCACAGUUGUGAGAGUAUAGAAUAUGGCUGGCAGUAUAAAACAAGAGGAUGUUUGCUACGUAGUGGCCAAGUAUGACUACGCUUCGCAAGGUGCUCAAGAGCUCGAUUUAAGGAAAAACGAACGUUAUCUGUUGUUGGACGACAGUAAGCAUUGGUGGAGAGUCCAGAACACACGUAACCAAUCGGGUUACGUCCCGAGCAAUUACGUAAAGAAGGAGAAAAAAUCCGUCUCGCUGUUCGAUAGUUUUAAGAAGAAGGUCAAAAAGGGCUCGGGCAGCAAAACUCUACCAAAUUGUUCGCCAUCUCGGCAGGUCGAUAGUCCAACCAUGAGUCGGCGACUGCCACCGGAUCCGACGGAAGCGAUUGCUUCCACUCCAAUAGGAUCAGCCAUCGUAAAGUAUAACUACCAGGCUCAACAGCAGGAUGAGCUUUCGUUGACGAAGGGCACUCGGAUACUGAUACUGGAAAAGUCCAACGAUGGCUGGUGGCGUGGUCAAAGCGGAUCGGCAACCGGUUGGUUCCCGAGUAACUAUACUACGGAGGAAAACGAGGACGAUACGCUGCACACUUACGCGAUGGCAGAAAAUGUGCUCGAUAUUGUCGUUGCACUAUACUCAUUUAACUCGAAUAAUGACACGGAGCUCUCGUUUGAGAAGGGCGAUCGUUUAGAAAUUCUAGAUCGCCCGGCAGCUGAUCCCGAGUGGUACAAGGCCCGUAACAACAAUGGACAAAUUGGGCUUGUUCCGCGCAACUAUCUCCAAGAACUAUCCGAAUAUUUAGCACAGCCGUUCCGAAGCAAUGGCAGUGGACCGGACUCGCUCGAUCGACGGCCAAAUGAUGCGCAGUCGAACAACAACAACUCUACCGCGAACAAUAGCAACAACAAUAAUUCGCAGCAACCGGAGCGUCCUCAUCUGACCGGCAAAAGCUGGUACUAUGGUGCCAUAACGCGAAGUCAAUGUGAUACCGUGUUAAACUCUCACGGACACGACGGUGACUAUCUCAUUCGUGAUAGUGAAACAAACAUGGGUGACUAUUCGGUGUCGCUGAAGGCGCCUGGGCGCAACAAGCAUUUUCGCGUGCACGUCGAGGGUAAUAUGUACUGCAUUGGGCAGCGUAAGUUUCACACUCUCGACCAACUAGUGGACCACUACCAAAGAGCUCCGAUCUACACCAACAAGCAGGGUGAGAAGCUAUAUCUUGUGCGACCUUUGCCCAAGGCAAAUGGUACAUAGGUGCAGCGUUGCACGAAAACUUCAUCACAAGCGUCGUAAUAGUGUAGCGACGAUAGGGAAGAAUGAUGUUUUUGAACGGUGAACACCGCAGUAGUUUAAGAGCAAUGUAGAUUGAACUUUAUUCGAUAACGUGUCCGGUUAGAGUACCCGUUCCAUUGGCUGGGAUGAGCGAUAUGUAACAGCUUCCCCUUUCGCGUAUGGAUAUCGCCCGGAAUUGUGGAUGAUUCUUUCUAAAGUUUUAAAAAGCUUCUUUUCCGUUUCGGCAGACAGCUGGUUGUUUUAAUUGCUUCACAGCAGGGUUGCUCUUUCCGGAUGAUUCUCAUGGCUUAUGGGGCCGUCCCGAUAAGCAAGCAUACACUGUUGGAGCUGCGAGUGUGUAUGAGUGUAUUUUCAUUUCAACUGUGUGAAUGAGUGUGAGGAUAGAUAUAUAGAAGAUUGAAGUGAAUCAUGAAGGCAAGUUGAGUUCAUAGUACAGUGACGUAUGCCUCAGCAAUCUGGCAUAAUGUUUGCUGGAUAAAGUAAUGAUAAUUAGUAAUGAUGUAGUAAUUUAUUUAUUUCAAGGGAACCAAGCUUCAACGAACAGACCGUUCGGGGCAGCUAUGCUCAAAUGGGAAAGCGAAAGCAAAUUCUCUCGUUUUCGUUGUUGGUACCUUAUUUGUACUGUGGAUUGAUUCAAUUUGGCCAACUUAGUUGAACAUAUAUGACAUGAAAAUGGAACAUCCCUGGGAAUGAGUUGAAUUUGUUUUUCUUGUUUCAUUUUGCUGCUAACAUAUUAAAAUGCCCAAUUUUGCUCAUAUGUAAUGUUCUCACCCAUUUAAACUCCGCUAGGACUCGAGCAUUCGUAUCUAAAUUCACUUGUAAGCGACUCUUGGGUUUAUCUGUUGUUUCUUAAAUUACGAGCAAUUAUGAUCAGUUUCAUAGGUUCCAAUUUGACGUAUGCUACUCCCCACAUCCAUAUACUCUUUGUCAACACUUUCCAAAUUAUAGUAAUUAAAAUUUACCCGAGAUGAGAAUAAAAACUACCACCAAAACAUAAGUACCACCAAAACAGAAAGUUUUCCAAACUCGAACAUUUCAAGAGCAGUUAACGGCUCCGCUUUAGUUCAUGACAAACCACUGGAAAGCAGCCGGUAAAUGAUCUGACAAACGAGCAUAACCAACGGAAAAUUGAAUAGCGUAGCAAAGUGAAGCGCUGCAUACUCCGGCCACUAGCAGAGUAGGGUCAGGCUACUCUAUUUCUGCUAUAGUUGUUUAUCGUUGCAAUCCACGUCUGUUUAGGUUCGUUUGGUUUUAUUAUAUCUUACAAUUGAAUUGUAUUUUACAAUAUUAUAGUGUAAAGUAUACUGCUUGCUCCCGAGCAAAAACGUCUUGACCGCGAGAUCCUAUCGUUUUGGUUUUUUUUCCAUCAAAACUUUCGCUCAAACUUCCGUCGGUUCAUCAGGAAACGGUGACAGAGGGUUUAUGGGAAUGGAACGAUCAUUAGCUUGAGCCACACGCAGAUGGACCGCUUCGCGUAAUCACACGUAUCGUAAUCAGAAAAGGAAACAUUUCUAUAUACGGCAUUUAGCGAAUCUGCAUUGGAGUAAACAAUUCCAUGCUCACUCGCAUUAAAAGUGAAGUUCAGCGCAUUUGCGACGGAUGUACCAUUCCACGAUAGAUAAUUCGGAUCUAGGCACUAGAACCCAAAACCAGACACACGAUGGACUAGUUUGCAAAUGCGUCGUGCGGACAUCCAAUAAAUAGUUAAAGCGAUUCUCGGAAGGUAGUGUAGAAGAUGUAUCAUUUCGGGAGCGAUGGUCUGAGAAUUUUAUACAAGAAAAUAGCGAAUGUGAUGCAAUUAGUCAUUUUGAUACUUCCCACUUUUGUACCCAACAACCAACGGUGUAAUCAGUUGGACAAUAUGCAUCCAUCAAAAUCGGCAGUGUUGUGAUGUGUAGGGUCUGUGAAUGAUGCAGUUUAGUAGACGUAAAUGUAUGUGCAUUUGAUGUUGUGGUUCGCUUCAGUUCUCUGUCCCCUUUUAUCCAUCAUCAUCUUGAAGGUGCAUGGUGCAGUUGCUCGAUCAUUUUUUCGAUGGCCAAAACGCAUUUAAAACGCGUCGCGUGUAUUGCUGAGGUUUAAAAACGCCGGAAUGGCAUAGCUGCCCCUCAUGAAUACUAGACCUUAUGCUAUUCCCUUCGGAAGCGCAAAAAAUAAAAAUAGCGAUUAAGUAACAUCGAAUGAUCUGGAAUUUGGGGAAGAAAAAAAUCCAAACAGAACUAACGUUUACAGUAUCUUCCGAUAACGAUAGGCCUACGCUUUACGAAUAGCUAUCUAGAUUCUGGAAGUUCAAUAUUUGUUUCGUUGUUUUUUUUUUUUGUUUUUCAAUGAAGGGCAUGCAGGGAGUUUCAAUCACGGAAGCAGAGAAAGUAACGAAUUUCUACUUGCCUUCGAAUAAUGUCAAGUGCUGGUACGCAAGCAACGAUAUGUUGUAAAAUGGAUGCUCGUCUGCUGGAUUUUAGACGCAUCUUUAAAGCGUGAAACCACAUCGGUGGGAUUCCAUAAAAUACAUAAAAUCACUGUAUAACGAAAAGUAGGUGAUAAAAAUCGGGCGUUCCACAACCGUCGUGUCUGAAAAUGCGAUACUUGUUUUGUGUUGUAUGCCAUCUUACUGUUCGAACAGAAAACACAAUGGUUCAAUAAGAAAUCGAUUCUUUGCGUGUGUCGUCCCCGGGUGUUGUAGCAGAAUGAUCAUGAAUUGUAAAAACUAAAUGUUCAGUAGCGCACGAAAAAAUACGCUACUUAAGGAUGAAAUGGAAAAAGAGAGGAAACUUUCAUCAAUCAGAAAGUUCACUUAUUCGUCCUGUCCGUCGCUUUCACUCAUCAACCGUAACACACAAGUAUAUAUACAAAUAUUCUUUGCUACUUUACAUCCAUGUACCAGUUAAGGCAACAUUAUUUUAUGCGGUUUCGGCCACCGCCAUUCACCGUCACCGUCACCGUGACUAAUGUGACAGGAGGAGGGGGGAGAGGGGCAAGAUAAGUGUUUAACAGAUCUGAGCAGUCCAUCUCUGCAUUCUGUGAAAAAGGGAAAUGUUUGAAAUUGAACGCAAAGCUAACGAAAGUACAUGCGGUCGAUCGGUGCAUACAGUAAUGAAUCAUCCUAAUACCAAAAUAUACAAUUAAUAUAGAAUAUUAUAUAAAAUGAAAUAAAAUAAUGCAGGAAUAAAAAACAGUCUUCGCGGCACUCGCCGAAGGGUCGCUACAAAGUUGCUAGCAGACGAAUAAUGAAACCGACAGACAAUUGUGCAAGAAUGCUAGGCAUAGUAAAGGCGAACAACGGACCGAGUGACUGGUUUUGGAAAGGCCUGAAUGAGGACAUCAGGACUCAUUCUGCACUGAUACACGGACUUUGGACGCUGUGGUGGUAACGUUGCAAAAUGAUGCACCUGCGAAAGAGAAAGUGAUGCAACUAAGCACAAGGAAAAUCGAAGAUGGUUGAGGAUAAUGGAAAAGAAAGGUAGCGGGAUUGGCAAGGAGAACAAAAAAAGACAAGUAGUAGGCGCGGGAAAUGGUUUUAUUGUCCAUCCAGGGCAAACUAAGUCAUUGCAAUAAAGGUAAGAUCCAUGAAUCUAGAAAAAAAAGAUACUCGUAACGAUACAAAUGUUUAUUGGUUUUUGCUUUUCACACAAUUGUUCGCUUGUAAAAAUGUAUUAAUCGAUUAAACCCAUCUUAUCAUGCCUUCAAUCCGCCUAAUGAAUCAUCGUUCAAUAGACGGUUUACACUAAUUAAUCACUUACAGAACUCCCAAGCGGCCGGAGGGAAUGUAUUGCAGGAUCAGAACUUGAUUUGUUAAAA